AUGUCGGACGACCCGUUUGCGGCACUGAUGCAGGCGUCGUCUCAGGGGACACCACGUGGAAGCGUGGGCGUGGCUGCUGCAGCUGCUGCUGCUGAGCGUGCCAACACCCCGCUGGCGGCCAUGGCCUCGCGUGGGAGCACUCCGAAGCCUUCGACGACCACAACAACAACGACGGCAAAGACGACAGCCAGCUCUGCCCACCCUCCUCAGCACGGACAUAGUCGGGCGGCGGGCGGUCUGGGUAAUCUCGACGAUGCCUUUGCCUCUCUCGGCUGGGCCUCGGCAGGUGCCCAGACCGGCCCGGGUGCCUCGGUCUCGGCUCCGCCGUCGACUGCAGGUUCGUCCCGGGCGUCACCUGCGCCUUCGUCGACUGCCAGCUCGGGAGGAAGCUCGGUGGCAUCGUCGGCUCCGACAUCGGCACGUGGUGCAGAGUCGCAGUCCCAGCCGGCCCCGCCGCUCUCGCCGACCUCGGCCUUUGCGCCCAUUGUCACUCUCUCGCGAGCAUCAGACUCCUCGCCGGCUCCCGCGGUCGCCGAUCCGUUUGAUAUGCUCUCAUCGAUCUCGGGCACGUCUCCGCGGUCGGUGGCGGCGACGCCGGAGCCUGCGUCUGAGCCUGCACCUGCGCCGGAGCCGGCAGCACAAGCCCGUGAGCCGUCGAUUCCGCCGCGGCAGCGCGGUGCGGCCAAAACCCAGCAGCCGGCCAAGCAGCCGACCAGCAUGCCGCGUUCAGGUGAUGUCCAAGUCACGCCUGGCGAGAUGCGAACUAUCCGCGACCAGCUUGUUGAGCUCUACUCGAUUGAGCCGCAGAACGUGCUUGACCUCCUCCUCUCGGCCAUGGAGUCAUCGACCGAAGUCGCUGCCAACCUCCGCGAAAUGGUCCCGCUUGUCCUCGCCAACGCCCAAGAGGCAGCGCAAGCCCGGGCGGCGGCCGAGGGCAGCGCACCUGGUACCGGCGGCUCGCUUCUUGCCGCCGCUCGCCAGCGCGCCUCCAAGAUCGGCUCCAAGCUCUCGUCCAUGCUUCGCAGCGACCGACCUGCCGGCGGCCCGCCGCCGUCGUCGGCAGCGGUCGCCACGCCCCCGCUUGUCUCGGUCCCGCUCCGUGACACAACAGCUCCCCAGUUGCGACGCAAGUCCAAGACGUCAGCCGCAGCAUCACCCGCACCUGCGCCUGAGCCCGCGCCCGCGCCUGCGCCCGCGCCUGCGCCUGACCGGACCGAGCUCAAGGCAGCUCGUGAGGCCGAGGUUGCGGAGCAAGUCCGCGUGGCGCGCGAGCAGCACCUCAACCGUCUCGAGGCCGAAGACGCGGCGGCCGAGGAGCUCGAGGCAGCCAAGCUUGCGGUGGCGCCGGUCAUUGCCGGAUGGGCGACCGAGAAGAAGCGCGGCAACGCGGUGGCGCUCCUUUCGACGCUGCAUGAGAUCACGUGGCCCGACUCGGGCUGGAAGGAAGUCUCGUUCACACAGCUGAUGAAUGGCGCCGGUGUGCGCAAGGCGUACUUUAACGCCUGUCGCAAGCUGUAUCCUGAUAAGCUGCCCGCGGACGCACCCGCAAUGCAGGUUGCGCUCUCGACCGAAAUCGCCUUUAUCCUCAACAACGCGUGGGAAAAGUACAAGUCGGACAACGGCAUGUAAAGUUCAGCAGGAAGC